CGGGGAGACUGACCCAGCGUGGCAGUAAGUUUCUGCUAAGACUGGGCAUCUCGACAUGGCCAGGAUGAAUCGACCGGCCCCCGUUGAGGUCUGCUACAAAAAUAUGCGCUUCUUGAUAACGCACAACCCCACCAAUGCCACCCUCAGCACUUUCAUUGAGGAUCUGAAGAAGUAUGGGGCAACAACAGUUGUGCGUGUAUGCGAAAUCACAUAUGAUAAGACUCCACUGGAGAAGGAUGGGAUUACUGUCAUGGACUGGCCCUUUGAUGACGGUGCUCCCCCCCCUACUAAGAUCGUGGAUGACUGGCUGAGCCUGCUGAAGAAUAAGUUCUGUGAGGACCCAGGCUGCUGCGUGGCUGUGCACUGCGUCGCAGGGCUGGGUCGCGCCCCGGUCUUAGUGGCUUUGGCCCUCAUAGAGAGCGGAAUGAAGUAUGAGGAUGCUAUUCAGUUCAUUAGACAAAAACGCCGGGGUGCCAUCAACAGCAAGCAGCUGACCUAUCUAGAGAAAUACAGGCCCAAACAGAGACUACGCUUCAAGGACCCACACAACCACAAGAAUAAAUGCUGCCUCAUGUAA